UGAAGUUUGUCCCUCCGCCGCUUCCGUUUGCGCUGACAGCAGCAGCAGCAACAACGAUGGAGAGAGACUCUGCAGUCCGCAGAAUCAGAGCCCAGCAGAACCAACAGAAGCAGCCGGACAGUCGCGAUGAGGCGGCCGCGCUGAAUGGGUUCCAGAGCCGCAAACACAAACCGGAAGUGAGCACGCAGCUGCUGGGCGAGAGUUCCGCUUUGAUUCUGCUGCUCGGGUUCGUGUGUCUGCUGUGGGUUCUGGUUCUGAUCUCAGUCCAGCAGCUCAUCAUCAGCAGCAGCGGACAGUUCAACUCCGUCCGGGCCAGGAAGCAUUUGGAGCGGAUCACCAGUGUCGGACCGCGGACCGUCGGGAGCCCAGAGAACGAGAUCACCACGGUCAACUACCUGCUGGAUCAGAUCGAGCAGAUCCGGUCUGUGACCAAAACUGGACCUCACUCUAUCACGGUGGACGUCCAGCGGCCCACCGGCUCCUUCAGCAUCGACUUCCUCGGUGGCUUCACCAGCUACUACGACCGUGUGACCAACAUCGCUGUCAAACUAGAGCCGAAGACCAGCGCGCAGCACUUCAUGCUCGCAAACUGCCACUUCGAUUCGGUGGCCAACAGCCCGGGAGCCAGUGAUGACGCUGUCAGCUGCUCGGUGAUGCUCGAGGUUUUACAUUCUCUGGCGAAUCUCUCCACACCGCUUAAACAUGGCGUCAUCUUCCUGUUCAACGGGGCAGAGGAGAACAUCCUGCAGGCGAGUCACGGCUUCAUUACCCAGCAUCCCUGGGCUCAGCAGGUGCGAGCGUUUGUGAACCUGGAGGCGGCAGGAGUGGGAGGGAAAGAGGUGGUGUUUCAGACAGGUCCAGAGAACCCGUGGCUUGUCCAGGCAUACGUCCAAGCUGCGGUCCACCCGUUCGCCUCAGUGGUCGGUCAGGAGGUUUUCCAGAGUGGAGUCAUUCCCUCAGACACAGACUUCCGCAUCUACAGGGACUUCGGGAAUAUUCCUGGAAUUGAUCUUGCGUUCAUUGAGAACGGUUUCAUCUAUCACACUAAAUAUGACACUCCGGAGCGAAUCCACACUGACUCCAUCCAGAGAGCAGGUGACAACAUCCUGUCUGUACUCAAACACCUGGUGAUGUCAGAUGAGCUGGCAGAUUCCUCGCAGUAUCGCCAUGGUAACAUGGUGUUCUUCGACCUGCUGGGAGUUACGGUGGUGGCGUAUCCCGCUCGCGUCGGCACCAUCAUCAACUACAUGGCAGCCGUCGCCACGGCGAUCUACCUGGGCAAGAAAUGCAUGUUGACCAGCAAUGUGGGCGGCCGGUACACACGUGAUCUGGCGUGUGCGGCGUGUUUGGUGGUCCUGAGCUGGUUCGUGACUCUUCUGACGGUUCUGAUCGUGGCUUUGCUUGUCACGCUGACGGGUCGCUCCAUGUUCUGGUACACUCACUUUUACGCCGCCGUCUGUCUGUACGGAUCCGUCGCCGCCGGCAAGAUCCUGCUGAUCCACACGCUGGCCAAGAACCUGUACUACAGGAGCGUGAGUCGCGUGGAUCUGGCCGAGCUCUUCUUCGACGUCAGUCUGCUGUUGUGGUGUUGUGUGCUGCUCUUCCUCACUCAGCGCGGCUUGUGUUCAGCGUACGUGCCCAUGAUGAUGGUGGUGUUUCCGCUCGCCAGCAAACUGCUGCUCAGAAAACACUUCAGAGCCAGAGGUGCGUCUCUGCAGUACUCCGUCCUGUACCUGAUGGGUCUCACCGUGCCAUAUGUCCACAUCAUGUUCCUCAUCUGGGUGGUUUUUGAGAUCUUUACACCCAUCCUGGGCCGAAGCGGAACCGAAAUCCCAACCGAUGUCAUCCUGGCAUCAAUUGUUACCCUGGCAACCGUCAUUCUAUCUUCCUAUUUUAUGCAUUUCAUCUAUCUGUCCCGCAGUACGAAGCGGAUCUUGGCUGGUCUGGGGUCAGUGUUCACAGUGAUGUUUGUUCUGGUCUGCUGUGGUCUGUUCUUCCCGUACUCUGCUGACCCGUCCAGCCCGCGACCCAAACGAGUGUUUGUCCAGCACACCACACGCAGGAUCCACGCGCUGGACGGAUCGCUGCAGAGCUCCGACUCCGGCUUAUGGAUCAACAGUCUGGAUUACACCGGCAUGCAGCACAUCACUCCACAUAUCCCACAGAUCAACGACAGCAUCCGCAUGCGCUGUCAGGACCAAAUGCCUUACUGCGGCUUCCCAUGGUUCCUCCCGGUCAAGUUCCUGGUCAAGAAGAACUGGUAUCUUCCGGCUCCUGAAGUCUCUCCCGAAGCUCCGCUGGAGUUCCAGCUCUUAUCCAGACAGGAGACCGAAUGGGGAAGUGUUAAAAUGACCUUUGAGGUCAAAGGUCCGACUCACAUGUCUCUGUACCUGCUUCCUCACGCCGGCGCGUCUCUAAGCGGCUGGUCAUUCGGCGACGGGACGCCGCAGUUCGACCUCAGCGGAGAGUACUUUAUAUUUUACUCUCACGGUCUCGACGCUCCUGCCUGGAACUUCUGGUUUGAGAUCCAGCCGCCCAAGUCCUCAGACGCGUCUCCUGACGAGGGCUUGAUCUCUCUGGCCAUCUCCGCUCAUUAUUUCUCCGGUCCGGACCGGCGAACGGAGCAGCUGGAGUCCUUACUGAAGAGAUUCCCGGCCUGGGCGUUCCCGUCUUCAUGGGUCAGCACGUACCACAUGUACAGAUACUGAGGGCCGCUCGCUCGAGGGCCCCGAUCACACACACACACACCGCUCACUGCGGACCCGUGAACACCGUACGAACUCAUUUAUUCACAUCAACCAACGCACAGUUUUUUGUUUUAUUUUAUUUUGUCUAGGUCAUAUUUCCACACAAAAUCAAAAGAAAAAUUAAGAUUACUUUAGGACAGUUAAGAUUUUUACUUUGUGACCUUUUUUUUUUUUUUUAAAUAUAAUUAAACGUUUUAUGUUUCACGUUUUUCAUUUGACAUAUUAUUUAUCUAUUUUUUGUUAUUUUUUAUUAUUUCAUUUUUUUUUUUUUUUCAUUAUUUCUGAUUCUUAUUAAUGAAAUAACAUGAUUUAAUAAAUAUUUCUAAAAAAAAGUCAUGUACUUAAUAAAUAAAAAUAUAGCAUUUUUAGAAAUAAUGCGAAUUACAAAAACAAACUAAAUUAAUUAUUUUUUAGAAACAUUAGUUUGUUUUUGUAUUUUUCAUUAUUUCUGAUUCUUAGUUAUUAAUAAAUACCAUGAUUUAAUAAAUAUUUCUAAAAAAGUAAUGUACUUAAAUUAAUAAAAAUAUAGCAUUUAUAGAAAUGAUUAUUGAAAUUGAAAAAAUAAUUUACUUUUUGUUUUUGUAAUUCAAAUAAUUUCUGAUUGAUUUAUUUUAUUUUUUAAUAUUAAUUUUUAUUAGCAUUAAUUAAAGAGAGUACAACAAAACAUACUACCACAAUUCAUAAAUACUUCAGAAUUUAAAUAUAAUUUUUUUUUUAAACCGUAAUGAGAUUUACAAAGGAGUUUAAUUGUCAUGAAAAUAAUGCAAAACAUCUGAACGGUUUUGAUUUUACGGUGAAAUGUCACAUGAUCUCGCCCAGUUUUUUGAGAUUCAUCUGUGUCUCAGUAUUUCUGUGGUCAUGUGACUCAGUCGGUUUAGUGGUUUCAGCUGGUCUUUAGUUUCACGUCUCUCCUGCCGGACCGAGACAUUCACUGGUUCCAAUGGAACAAACACAACGAGAUUCAAUGGGAGAUCACGUCGUGUCAGAAUCACCGUCAUCAUAAGUAGUGAUGAUGUAAUUUCCUGUCGGUGACCUCGUGAUGAUGACGGUCAUUCAGGCAAGCCGUUUUACUCGUUUAUGGUGUUUUAGGUGCAGCUUUAUUUUCAGAUUGAGUUCUGAUCAUUCUGGUCAAAUGCACAUUCAGCUGGAUCCAAACAAAAACAUGCAGAACCUUGAAACCCAAGUGCUUUUUUAUUUAUUCGAUUUUGAAGCGUUGGAUGAUUGUUCAUGUUUGUAUGUUUUUUUUAUUUGAAUCGUUGCAGCAGGAAAAAUGGUGUAUAACUUCUGGACUGAACUGGAUUUGAAGUCUUAAAAUGACCUGUAUUAACCAUCAUAACUAUUAUUAUUAUUAUUACUACAGUAAAUACAAACUUCAGAAUCUUUGUCCUUUCAUUAUUUGACUGUUGGAUUAAGUUAUGGCAGUUUUACUUGAGUAUCAGUAACUGGAUGGUACCUGGUGUUUGAAUGGUUAUGGUAAAGAUAUGACUGAACUGGAUUUGUAUGUUUGAGAGCCGUGUUUAUCUGACGAGGAACAUCUGGAUGAUUUCAAGCUCUUUGUGAGACAGAUUAAACUGAAUGUGAAUUAUAUGUUCGCUAACACUUUACAAUACCGCCUCAUCUUAUAGUUAAUGCAUUAGCUAACAUGAACUAACAAUAUUUUACAGCAUUUAUUAACAUAGCUAGUGCAUUCGCUAAUGUUAAAGGUACGCUGUGUAACCCUCUAGCGGUUAAAAACAAAACUGCAUGUAUUUCGUGGAAGAACAUUGUUUUGGUUGUGCUUCGGCUCUGCGUGACUGUGCGGAUGAAUAUGAUGAUCAAGCUGAUUAGCUAAAGACGUUACUGUAGCUUUACCCAUUAAUAGACACGGUACUUCCUUGAAAUAAACUCUUAGAGAGCUACAUACAGCAAUUUAUCUGUUCAGUAAAACGCCUUACUCACCUGUUGAGUUAUAAAAACGCCAUCAUCUCCGCGUCGCUUUUAAAUCCAAAUCCCUCAGUUCAUCUCCUAAAGCCAAGCCAGUGUUGAUUCUGGUUUUAUAACGAGCUUUGUCGCGUUCUCUUGUCGUUAACAGACUCUCCUCUGUUCGCCAUUUGUUUAAAACGGGAGAUUUAGCGGCUCCAUGUCAACCUUUCUCGCUCGUUCUGAUAACUAACCUCUGCCACUCCCACACCAGAGACACGUCAAAGUAGGCGGGGCAACUUCUCUCUGUACGGAUAUGACGAGACACACGGGCGAGUGACGUAUGUACGUAAUUUCCCACCAAAACCAUCCCGAUGGGUCUAAAAAUAUAAACACUUAUAAUAGGCUUGCAGUAGCGAAUCAGGGUAGGAACAAAACACGUUAUGGAAGAAGGAUUGCUGUAUUAACUCAUUUAAAUUUUAAAUUGUUAGUUUUGAACAAAAAAAAGUUACAUAGUGUACCUUUACAGCUGAAAUUAAAAUUAUUAAAUACAUUAAAUUAAUGUAGUUAACACAACGUUAUUGUAAAGUGUUAGCAGAUUUUUUUUUUUUUUAAUUUGUGCUGCUGUAAUUGCAUUUCUGAUGGUUAUUUAUGCAUUUAGACUAAUUUCUUUUUUUUUUUCGGUUUGAUGAGCUCGAGAUCUGGUUGCUUUUGUCUAAUCAAUCUAACACUUUUGAUUGUAAAUAUGUAUCCUCUAACUAAUUUCAAUUCAAAUGCACUGAUAAGUGUAUCUUUGUCGCAGAUUUCAAAGGAAAUGGAAAUAUAACUGACACCUCUGAUAGUGAAUGUUUGAUUAAUCCUGUUCAUUAUUUUACCUGCUUUUUUGUUUUUGUUUGGGAUAAAAGUCGACAUACGUUUGGGAGAAUGUUCAAUGAGAAUUAUUUUGUAUGAAUGACAGGAUGUUACUCUUAAUUUUUAAAUAUGUAUUCAUACUAAUCCAUGACAUAAGGUCUUACCGGCAUCCUUUACUAAUUAACCUAGUGUUCGUUACAUUUGCAUGUCUGACUUGAGCAAACAAAAGCAAUUAUUCACAGAAAGUCCUGCACAUCAGCGGUAAGAUACAGUCAGCAUUCACUUAACGAUAAAAAUCUGUAAAGAUAAAGAUUGUCAGUUUUGUCAUAUUCUGAAACAUUUUAUAAUUCAGGCUGUAUGAAACUAUCACACAAAUGCUGUAUUUCUGAUCUUCACGAAUCACUUGAGUUGUUUAACUGUCUAUUAAUGUCUGAGAGUUUGAGUUCCUGUCAGAUUUCUGUGAAUAUUUUCACUUGUUUUGUCUGGUUCAGAUUGUUUAUUUAUAGUAUAUGCUGCACUCAAUUGUUCUUGCAAGACAAAUCAAUUUUCUAUAACAAAAUCAAUUUCUGUCUCCUGUCAUUUGUCUAUUUUUCUCGGUUUGUUCAGUUAGUCAACAAUUUGAAGAUUUUUUUUUAAUAUAUAAACACUAAAAGUUUGGGCUCAGUAAUAUUUUUUAUGUUUUUGAAGUCUGCUCACCGAGGCUGGAUUUAUCUGACCAAAAAUACAGUAAAAAAUAUGAACAGUCCUUUUAAAUGUGAAUAUAUAUUAAACUAAUUUAUUCCUGUGAUCAAAGCUGAAUUUUCAGCAUCAUUACUCCAGUCUUCAGUGUCACAUGAUCCUUCAGAAAUCAUUCUAAUAUGCUGAUUUGCUGCUCAAGAAACAUUUAUGAUUAUCAAUGUUGAAAAGUGUUUCAUAUUUUUGUGGAAACCAUAACAUUUUAUUUUUCAUUAUUUUUUUUAUUUGAAACAUUUACAAUCUUUUGUAACAUUAUAAAUGUCUUUUUGCACUUUUGAUCAAUUUAAUGCAUUCCUGACUAAUAAAAGUAUUAAUUUCUCCUA